CGGCGUGCGCGCCUCCGCCCCCCCCCCGCCACCGCCGCUCCCCGGGCCGGAGGGGUCUUCACCGGCCCCGCUAUUGGCGGCCGCUGCAGUGCCUGUGCGGACUGCCCCGCCGCGCAGGCGUGGGGCUGCGGGUGCGUUGCGGCCGGAGCGGGGCGAGCGACAGGGGAAGGAGAGGACGGGGCGGCAUCGCCAGCAGGCGUUCGCCAGGGGCACCCCUCCCGGCCGAAGGUCCCUGCGGGCCGGCCGCUCCCCCCACCCGUCGCCCGUGGCAACGGGUGAAGCCGCCGCCGCGGCGGUGGCGGGGCCUGGCGCGAAGGCCGGGUCCAGGGUCCAAGGCCCGGGCAGCGGGGCCUGGAGCUGCCCCGUCCCCCGGCGCCAUGGCCGCUGAGGUGGUGGUUGUGGGAUCCUGUAUGACCGACCUGGUCAGCCUGACUACGCGAUUGCCAAGAUCUGGAGAAACUAUCCUUGGACAUAAGUUUUUCAUUGGUUUUGGUGGGAAAGGAGCCAACCAGUGUGUCCAGUCUGCUCGACUUGGGGCCAAGACCUCACUGAUCUGCAAGGUUGGGAAGGAUUCCUUUGGCAAUGAUUAUGUUGAAAACUUGAAGAAGAAUGGUAUUUCUACAGCAUUUGUAGGUCAGACUGCAGAUGCUGCUACUGGAACUGCUUCAAUAAUUGUCAACAGUGAAGGACAGAAUGUUAUUGUCAUAGUCCCAGGAGCCAACCUGCUUUUCAAUUUUGAAGACCUGAAGAGGGCUUCUGAUGUCAUCUGUAAAGCCAAAGUGGUUGUUUGCCAACUAGAAAUAACCCCUGCUGUUUCUCUUGAAGCUCUGAAAAUGGCACGUGCCAAUGGAGUAAAGACUUUAUUUAAUCCAGCUCCAGCCCUUGCUGACCUAGAUCCACAAUUUUAUACCCAUUCUGAUAUCUUCUGCUGCAAUGAAACUGAGGCAGAAAUUUUAACGGGCAUCCCAGUUGGCAACCUUGAAGAUGCUGGAAAGGUGGGACGCAUGCUGUUAGAAAGAGGGUGUAAGCUCAUAAUUGUUACUCUUGGAGCAGAAGGCUGCAUGAUGAUAUCAGUAGAAGAACCCAUUCCAAAGCACGUUCCUGCUGGGAAGGUCAGGGCUGUGGACACUACGGGAGCUGGAGACAGUUUUGUGGGAGCACUGGCCUUCUACCUGGCUUACUAUCCCAAGUUAUCCAUGGAGGAUAUGAUCAGGAAUUCUAACUACGUUGCAUCAGUGAGCGUCCAGGCAGCAGGGACACAAUCUUCAUAUCCUUACAGGAAGGACUUGCCCCAGAACCUCUUCUAACUGACAUUGCUUAGCUCAAGGUACCAAUUUUAUCUUAUCACAGACAGCAUUAGUCUUCUGACUGCACCGAAGUUCUUCUCUGCCACUUGGAAAGACCAGGAAAGCCUUUUUGUUUCUUAUGUGAGGAAUCCUGUUUGUUGCUGCUCUACAGUGGUAAGAUGGGAUGGGAACACGAGGUCUUUUGAACACAGCACAGCAGUAGGUCUCUCUGGCCCCACAUGCAACCAUGGGGCUAAGGCUCAUGUGAAGCAGAGCAUUAGGUCUGAGACUGCAGCUUCAGUCCUUGGCUGCAGCCACCCAGGCCAGUGCCUGGCUCCUGCCCCAUCUGCUCCCAUGCAGCUCUGCCAGGCUGGGGAAGGUCCUUCAGACUGGUAAGAGGAUGAGUGUGCUACUAAGGUAGACUUUGAAAAACAUUUCUAGCACUAUUAGCUAAUAGGUGAGCUAAUUAAGGAAGAAAAACUUGCAAAACCAUCCCAGAACUACAUUGGCUGUCUGCUUUCUUCAUGCUUGACAAAAACCCAGGAGGGAAAAAUCCAACCUGCUUACCUGACUGACAAUAACCUAGCCCUUGUGGCCAUGGUCACAGCUUGUCCAAAAGCUCAUCUCAAUUGACCAGGUUCCCACUGUUUAUCUCUUUCCUAGGAAGGCGCUGGUGCAGCACUUGCCCUCCAAGGACUGACCAGUUCGUGGUCACUACUGUUGAAUCUGUGGCUGGUAGGUUAGAAAAACUCGCAAUCCUGCCAUUGAAUUCCUGCUGUGGAAAAUGUUGAUUUUUAUUGCCAUAUAAAACAAUAGCUCCUUUGAAGAUUACAGCCUCUUUCACAAUGGAAAACACAAUGGGAUUUGCUAUUUAAUUUUUUUUUUAAUUGAGUACUGUAAAAAUAACUCAAAAGAUAAAUAAAUGUUACUCUGAUGAUCUA